AAGACGUAUAAUUUACUCUGGUGCCUAGCCAAGCAGUGUGUGGUGGCUGUGCGUGGCAAGCUGAAGCUAUGUUCUCCAAAACCAAAAUCCACACUCUCUCUUCUUUCUGCCUCAACGCAAGAUCCAUAUCAAGCCUCAAAGUAAUGUGGCGCAAAGACCCAGCACUAGACCGAGCCAUAGAGUUCGAUAAGCGUUAUAAGCAAUGUGCUCGCGUUGUGAAGGAGCUCCUCAACGAACCGGGCCAAGUCAUUCCUCUGCGCUACCUCGAAAAACGCCGCGAAAGGAUGCGCCUCAAGGUCAAAGUCGAAACCUUUUUGAAUCAAAACCCGGGCUUGUUCGAUGUCUACUAUGAUCGCAUCAAACCCAAAACCCAACCUGUUCGGUUUCUCCGGGUCGGUGACCGGCUUCGGCAGUUUCUGGAGGAAGAAAAACGGAUUUUCAGGGAGAAUGAGCCUUUGCUUGUGUCCAAGCUGUGUAAAUUGUUGAUGAUGUCGAAGAAUAAGGUUGUAAGUGCUGAUAAAUUGCUUCAUGUGAAGAGGGAGUUUGGGUUCCCAAAUGAUUUUUUGGUUGAUUUGGUUACUAAGUACCCUCAAUAUUUUAGGUUAACUGGGCUUCCUGGGGAGGGGAAAUCGUUUCUGGAAUUGGUUUCUUGGAACCCCGAGUUUGCAAAAUCCGUUAUUGAGCAAAGGGCUGAAGAGGAGAGUAUGCGUAUGGGGAUAAGGGUUAGGCCUAGUUUCAAUGUGGAGCUUCCACCAGGGUUCGUGCUGAAGAAAGAGAUGAGGGAGUGGAUUAGGGAUUGGAUGGAGCUUGAUUAUGUAUCCCCUUAUGAGGAUGUGUCCCAUUUGGAUCAAGCUUCUAGAGAGAUGGAAAAGAGGUCGGUUGGAGUGUUCCAUGAGCUUCUUUCUCUUUCAUUGCAUAAGAGGAUUCCCGUGCCUAUCCUUGGAAAGUUUUGUGAUGAAUAUAGGUUUUCAAAUGCAUUUUCAAGCACUUUUACUAGGCAUUCGGGCAUUUUCUAUUUGUCCUUGAAAGGUGGAAUUGAAACAGCAGUGUUGAGAGAAGCAUACAAAGGUGAUAAGUUGAUUGACUGGGAUCCACUGCUUCAGAUAAAAGCUAAGUUUGUUGAGAUGUUGGAGGAGGGGUGGCGGCAAAGAGCUGAGCAGUUGAGCUUGAAACAAGAUAGAAUUAAGGAAGAUAUGGAACUGUUGGCCGUCAAAGUUGGUGAAUAGAAAUAUACAACAGGCAUGUGGAUACGAAGAGCUUUCAGUUUGGGGGAGUUUCAUGAGAAAAAAGCUUGACCAUUGCUGGCCACUUGAGGCAUCUAAUGGUGGAUUUCAUCUGAUGAUUCAAAGUGAAAGAGAGUUAAUGUGCUAAGGAUUGAAGAAAUGAGUCAUAUCCUUGGAUGACUAUGUUCUGCUCCAAAUUACAUUCUCAGAGCAGCAACAUAAGUAAUUGAUUUCCACGUUUCAGAAACAGCUGGAAGCAGGCUAAGGAAUGAUGGAGAGCUAGAUCAUGCCACCAGUUAUUCCUUCGCCACUACCACCUCUUCACCCACUUUGUUCAUCCCAACUAGCGCUAGUAAGCUAUGCUUGUGCAAUGUUAUCUUUCACUCCAGGAUCACCACCCCUACCCUCUCCUUCACACCUUAAUGACGACGAGGGAGACGGGAAUCCCCAGCACAGGCACAGGCACUGCCACACCCUUCAAGUAGAUAACUGUUGCCGGUGGCAAGGGAAAUUGACAGCCAAUGUGUGUGUGAAAUUUUAUUGCGAUUGCCUCUUUUCCUUACAAGACCGCUGCAUCACUACUCAAUAAUGAUUGGAGAAUCGUGUAAUGUCAUUUACUCAUGCGGUGGGCCAAUAUAAUUGCCAAUCUUACAUUUUGAUGACUGGAAAGUUUAGUAGUAGAAAAGAAUCCAAUGUUGUGUAUGGCAAGUUAUGGUUAUUGAUUUGUUGCCAUCAGGUUUUAAGAACAAAGUGUGCUCUAGCACUCUGAAAGCGUCUUGUAGGCUUGUAGCAUGGUGAAAUUAUUCGCAUAACUAGAAUUAC